AUGGCGCUACCUAGCAGAGACAGCCAGGCCUCGGCUGAAUUGGACGAGUGCAGCCCUGCCGCUGUCAGCAACCUUGUCUGCAGGCCUGCUCCUCAUUACACCGAGUGCCACGGUGCUGCCAGCACCUUCCGUGGAGACAUAAACACGCCCUGGGAAGCGUGCAUUGUGAGCACCGACCCAAAGGAGCAGGAAACAGGAAAUGUGUGCGUUGGAGGGAGGCCGGGGCUUCGCAGCAUCCUGAGCGCGGGCGAGCCUGCUGACAUGACCGUGCCGUGCGCUGCCUUGGUCUUGGCUCUGGGACUCGCGCUAGGUCAUUCAAGCCAGGGAAAUGAUGAGGAUUCAGAAUACUCAGGACACAGCACCACAGAAGAGGACACCGCAGAGGAAGAGACGACAAGGGCUUUGUCUACAGUGACCACAGAAGCAUUAGCUGAAAGCGCGAAUUCUACCCACAUCCACGGCACCUCGGGUCAGGUGGAAUUUAUAUUAAUGGUGGCCGUCCCACUGGCUGCGCUGCUCAUCCUUCUGUUUGCGAUUCUCAUCGUGAUCUACUUUAAAAGCAGGAGACCCAAGCAGGAGCCUUCUAGCCAAGGAUCUCAAAGUGCCUUGCAGACACAUGAUCUAGGAGGCGAGACCUUGAAAGUCCCUAUUUUUGAAGAGGACACACCCUCCGUUAUGGAAAUAGAGAUGGAGGAGCUUGACAAAUGGAUGAACAGCAUGAACAGAAAUGGUACGUGGAAGCCCAAAGCGUUUGCUUGCCUCUGUGGUAACGCAGGGCUAGAUGGCUGUCUCUGCUUCAUCAGCAACUCAGAAAAUCUGAAGUCGUGCUUCAUCUGGCACUCGACCUGCGCACUCCUUAAAGAUCCAGUCUAA